GCCCACUUUACACAGACCGAAACCCAAUUGCCAGUCAAUCGCGCGUGCGCUAGUGUCCACAAUGCCUGGCAAGGGAGUUGAUCCACAGCAUUUUCAAGACCUCACACCUACCGUCAAUACAUCCAAGACCUCAAUCACAUUCAUUUGAAAAAUGACGACCUCCUCGCAACUCCAAGACGAUCAGCAGGACGAAGGCAUCACGCCGGCCGCCACGGAUGUCCCCAUCCGCAUCCAUUAUCCGCCGGCCGGCCGAGAGUCACUCCCGGACGAAAUACGCGACCUGAUCGUCGACGACUCGUUCACGGCCCCCGGAGACUCCGGCGUCCCUCAGGACGUGAAGCCCGACUGGUUCGACGAGAAGCUCUUCCUGGAAGGGCAGCGCUAUGCCCGACAAAACUUCGUUGGAGUAUCUGUGGCCGCCCUGAUGGGCAUCUUUCUCGAGUACAGUUUUGCUGAUGGAAUGGAUCCGCUCAUCUCUACUUCAAAAUCCGACACUCCAGAAACUGCAGGAAGGCGUUACUUGGAUACUGUCUACAAGCUCCUGACGUGGUACUCGUCGGACCCGUUCGACCCUCAGUCUCGCGCCUACAAGAGCAUCCUGGGUGUCCGACGCGCACACGCAAGGGUCCGAAAAGACCUCGCCGAUAUUUCACCAGAGGAACGCGACGCAAAGUUCACCAUCGGGAAAGGCCAACCCGUGGACCUGCUCUGCUCGAAUACGCAUCUCAUCAAGCAGUCCUUCCGGUCGAUCUCGAGCGGCACGCUGUCGUGCCCCGUCGUCAGCAAAGUCGGCCCGGUCAAGGGGGAGGUGUCCUGGGAAUGGGACCGCGUCCGGCGGGCGUACCUGAGCCAGGGCGAGAUGAUGGUGACGCAGUGGGCGCUCCUCGCCCCCUUCAUACUGAGGCCCGAGCUGUUCGCCGCGCCCUACGUAACGGCCAGAGAGCUCGAGGCAUUUUCGCACGUGUGGGCGGUGUUUGGAUACUGCUUAGGCAUUGAGGAUCGUUUUAACUGCGCACUGGGUGACCUGGAGACGGUCCAAAAGCGAGCCGAACUGAUCCUGCGGCUUGUGAUAGUCCCACACCUCCGCACUAUGGACGUGAAGAGCGUCACUCACUGGGAGCACAUGAUGACAUGCAUCACCGAAGGCCUCACGGAGCACAUACCUACUCCCUCCUUCAGGGCCAGCCUGGCCUACGUGACCGAAGAUCUGCUGGGACAGAAAACCAACCUGAGCAAGACCCUCGCCUGGUCGGACACCCUACAGUUGUGGGCCAUGCGUCUGGUGUUACGCUACUUGCCGCUCUGUGCGACUUCGUACUCGACCACCUUAAGUCGCGCAGCAACGCUCUUGGUGCGCCGCAGUCGCAGUGCGUAUCGGAGCGGCAGAUGACAGAGACGAACGAUCACUGCACGCUAAAUGUCUAUGGAGAAUUUUUCACUCGUGUGUAAUUUGCACGAUUUCGUGCAUACGGUGGAAUUUACAUAGUAUGCGUUGCAUAAAUUUAUGCCAAUUUGAGCACAAUUUUAUACAAAACAUCACUCAAGUUAAAGAUUAUACAAGUUAUACAAAAUUGUACGUAAACAUUUAGUGUGUGCUGUCAAGUAGAAAUUGGAAGUCCGUUACUCAGCAAACUGAAGAGUGUGCACACUCUCAUUCCAUUCGUGGUGACACAAAUGUGACACAAUGUGAUGCAAAGUAUGUGACAUUUUGUCACAUACGUUUCAACGUGAUGCCAUGUUCCUGAAAUGAGAAUACAUGGUUGAUUCUCAAAAGAAUCAACCUGAAGGUUGACGCAACGUCUUCUUCGACCUGCCCUAAUAGAAUAAUCCUAACUGCCAGAGUAGAUCCAUGAUAAUCCUGUCAGAGCAGAUUCAAGACAAAUGCAAACUGUUAGUGUCAAUUCAGAACUAUCCAAACUGCACAUGACGUGAAAAGCGGUCUUUUCUCAAAGUUCGUGACGCCAACUGUGUGUACACUCCUCAGUUUUCAGAGUAUUACAACUCAUUACGUUAGUGAUAUUAUAUGUUAUUUUAUGUAAUUAGAUACGUAAGAAAUAUUGUCACUCAACGUAAGCCUCCCAGAGGCGGAGAUUCCGGUAACUUUUGGGAAUAUAAAGUCAAAUCAAAACUGUUCUAAAUAUGGACAUUCUGCCCCAACGUGCUUCCUGUUGGCUGCUGGAUUGGUCACAAAUAUAUUCAUUGCAUUUAUAUGUUUCCCCGCCGCUGGGGUAUGUCCAACCCUGCCUACCACCCUCUAAUCAGGUAGGACUUGUUUUUCUUUCACAUUAGAGUUCUAAUAGUAUUCAGUCAGUUUUUAAAAUUGAUAUUCGGGUAAAAAAAACACACAAUAAAUUAGUGAGUUUACCUUUCGGUCAAAAUAAGGCCUAAACAGUGGAUCUAAAUGAAAAUGUCUUUAAAGCUAUUCAACUUGUAAUCAUCUUAAGCAGCUUUUCCUCUUUGAACAUUUUUCAGCGUAUGCAACAUUAUGUGACAAGGAGAAAGCUCAAUAAAAUAAUGUUCAAUGA